AUGGAUAAGCAUCCGCGAGCCUCGCGUUCGGUCGCCGUGACGGGAGCGGCGCUCUUGUGCGGCGCUGUUGCGCAACGGCUGGCCACGCGAGACGUCGAGCUGUCUUCUGAAGUCCUUGCGUGGACUGCACUCCCCCUUCUGGUUAAGUUCUUUCGCCAGUUUGGUAUCACCGACGAGCCGCGUUCGAGGUUUGCUGCUGCCAAACCCUCGAUCCCAACGUCGAACCGUCCGAAGACGGCCUUGCUGUUUGCUCUGGCCCUCACCGCCGCGACCUGGUACCGCUCCGAGGAACACAUUGUCGUUCUCUUCCCCGCCCUGACGCCCCUUCUCCUUGCCCGAAUUCCGCACUUGAGCAAUCUCGACAAGACCGAGUCUCCGCCCUUGCUCAGCCUGCUCUCCCUACCGACAAGCGCAUUGGUGGCUGCGUUUUCUUGCUUCGCCCUCGCACGCUCUCAUGGAACAAGCGUUAUAUCCUUUGUGGUGUGCGUUGGUGUUGUGGGCAUACUCUACGCGUCGUAUCUAGCUCUUUCAACGCCACAGGCCACCGCCAGCACGAUAAACGAAGAGGGGCGUGGAGAGUUCGAGGAUCCUGACCCAGCUGACGGUGUCGAUAUCGAAGAGGUGGCAUAUUCGUGGGCAUUUCGAAUUGUGCCAGCCUUGGUCGUCGCACUCUUGAUUCGAACAUUCGGGUUCCACGCACCGAAUGACUCCUGGGCGCGAACGGCAGUCGUUGGUUUCUUCAAGGCAUUGGCUUGGCUCCUCAUCUUUAAAUCGACCAGGUACUCUUCGUGGACCAUUGCUUCGACCAUCGGCACCUUCUCGAUCGCGGCCUCUCGAAAUCCAUACAUCCAGAUUUCCGACAUCUAUGCUUCGCGACACGUCGUGGCCUCAGUCCUAUCGUUGGCACAAACAACUCGCCUGCUCCCAAAGAAUGCCAAGAAGACUGGCGUCUUGUGGGCGUUGGCAUUGGUCCCGAUCUGGCCCUUUCUGGCCAACGUGUACGACAUCUACAUGUCGACUGUGUUCCUGCCAGGUGCCCAUCAUCCCGUUGAGGGCCUUGCUCGCACGGCGACGGCAAGAUUCGAAGCGAUGCUUGAGCGACAAUCGCGUAACUACACUGCCGCAGAGAAAGAAUAUCGCCACCGCUAUGGGUUGAGCCCGCCCCCAGGCUUCGAGUCAUGGUUCAACUAUGCGAUCGCCCAUAACUCAGCAAUUAUCGACGAGUUCGACAUGAUACACGAGGCCAUCGCGCCUUUUCUUAAACUGAGUGGACGAAGGGUCCGGGAAGCGAUGCGGGAAGCCGUCGCCGCCGACGACAUAAACUUGUGGUCGUGCGAGUUCCAAGGAACUACUGGCAGCACCACAUGUCGCAAUGAUCAUCGUUCGUUUGACAGGCAUAUCGGAGAGUCGCUGAGUCUUGUGCUUGGGGGUGUCAAUGUGCGAGAAUCGAUCCCAGACAUCCAAUUUCUGGCCAACCACCUAGAUGAGCCGCGUGUCAUGCUGCCGAACCCUAAAAUGUUUACCGGAGACGAGCGGAUUAAAGUGAGGCGCUUCGGACACGAUUCGGCUUUGCACGAUCUUAUUGAGAACUGCCCACAGGAACAGCUGAGGACCUCGCAGGAACGGGGGAUGGCUUUGCAGGAAGUCAGGAAAGAGCAACUCGACACGGCCGGCAUGCCGUUUGUGACGAACGCGCGCAGGGAUAAGGAUCUUUGUCGGCAAGGAUAUGGCCACAUGCAUGGCAUGCUCGAGAGCCCGACGUCUUUUACUCUGAUACGCGGAACGGUGCCGGUACUUUCCACGGGGGCGCUAUCGACCAUGGGCGACGUGCUCUUUCCAAGUCCUGCAUACAAUGAGAGCGAGUUCCUAUACAACGAGUCGCGAGACGUCUCGUGGGAAAGAAAACACAACAACCUAUACUGGGCGGGUUCUACGACGGGCGGGUACGCCAUGGGCGCCUAUAAUUUAUGGAAGUCGUUCCAUCGGCAACGGUUCGUGGCACUGGCGCAGGGCCUCGGCAGCGAAAGCGAGACACACUGGUACCUCCGCGAAGGUGCCAACGGGGCAGUACGGCGCGUGGCAUCGUCGUUUCUCAACAGCCGGUUGUGGGACGUGGCUUUCACGCGCAUCUUCCAAUGCGACGGGCCCGCGUGCGGCGCGCAGCGCAGCUACUUCCGGGGGCGGCCGUGGGCGGACAAGGACGCAGCGCUGCGGUCGCGCCUCGCCUUCGACACUGACGGCAACGGCAUCAGCGGGCGGUUCGGCAAGCUGCUGGCGUCGCGGUCCGCGCCGCUGAAGCAGACACUGCUGCGCGAGUGGCACGACGAGCGCCUCGCCGCGUGGGUGCACUACGUCCCCGUGAGCCUGGGCAUGGAGGAGCUCCCCGAGCUGUCGCAGCUCGUCAGCAGGCCGUGGGCUUCUUCAGGCCGCAGCAGCGAAAGAUCCCAGAACCACCCUGGUAGUCAACCGCCGUGGUGGUCCCUGUUUCUCCCGUCCGACCUGGGGGAGGACGCCGUCGAUCCUGCUUCACUCAACCUCGAUUCCUCCGUCUCUACCGCAUCCCUCUGGCCGUUGGAAGACGCCGCAGCCGUUGCUCCGGAACUCUUCGCGGAGCAGCACCCCGACAACAACAGCCUCUUCCAGCUCAGCCCCCUCGACUUCUUCGACUCGGCGCCCAACUCCAACAGCGCCUCGCUCCAGUCGUCACCCGAGGAGCAGCUCAUCCAGGACAUCCUAGGCUUGAGCCCGACAGACGGGCCUUUUGCCGUAGACGAACAGGAUAUGGCUGCCAUGGGGCUCUUCGGCGCGGUGCACAGUCAUGGCUUGGAGCCGAGUGGUGAUGGACACUCUCAACAUCACCACGACAUGUUUGCCCACGGCAGCCACCAGAAUGCCUUCCUGGGCACCUCCACUGGCCUGCAGCACCACAGCAUCUCCCACCGUCGCGCCCUCCACCCGCAGGAUCACAUCAACCCCACCAGCAGAACCACCACGACCCGCGCGAAUCACCAGCCAUAUUUCGCACAAGCACCUGACGCGGCCACCAUCGCCGUCGACUCCUCUUCAUCUUCCGCCACACCAGCAUCUUCCGUCCAUGCCCCAUCUCGCACAUAUUCUCACCAGCAGCCGCAAAGCGGCCUCCCCCUUUCCCCCUCCAGCACCGGCUCCAACAAGCGCAAGCAGUCGCACUCUCCUCCCGCCGAGGAGGACGCCGAGACUGUCCUCAAGCGACAGCGCAACACCAUGGCUGCCCGUAAGUAUCGCCAGAAGCGUCUCGACCGCAUCUCGGAUCUCGAGCAGGCCCUCGGCGAAGUGACGGGCGAACGGGACGAGCUGAAGCUGCAGCUAGCGAGGCGUGAAGCCGAGGUGGAAGCGUUACGUGAGAUGCUGGCUCGGAAGUAA